AUGGGACGGUUUCACUACCUACUUGGUUUCUUGCUACUUUUCAUUUGUUCAUCUCUUUGGAUUGCAUCGAGCUUGGGAAAACAACCAUCAAGCAUUGCUAUUACUCAUGGAUCGUGCGUCUGCAGCGAAGACAACAAUGUUACCAUCGCCUUGGAUGCCAGUAUCGUUCCCUCGAACCGAUCGGAACCUACCAUUAAUGAUAUGAAACCACCAUCAGAACCCAAAAUACCAAGCUAUCUUCCAAUCGCAAAUUCCCAUGAUUAUCACGCGCAGUUGUCAAUCCCAUCCAAGCUGUGGCAAAAGGCCGGUUCGAUGAAAAUCAACGACGACCGCGAGAAAGACAUCCGCAGUUGGCUAGAUGUGAACCCACGUCUACGACACGAGAUUCUCACAGACGGCAGUGCAGACGAGUACGUUCGUGAGCAUUUUGCCGAUUAUCCAGACGUCCUUGAGCUCUACCUCUCUCUACCAGUCCCGAUCCUAAAAGCCGAUCUUCUUCGCCAAUUAAUCCUGUACGCCGAUGGAGGAAUUUGGAGCGAUCUUGACGUGACAUGCCACCAACCAAUUCAUACCUGGAUCCCGGAACAAUACCAGAACAGAACAAAUGUCGUCGUCGGUUUGGAAUUCGAUGGGACCCAGUUCGCGAGUUGGACGGUUAUGUCGAAACCUAAGACAAGUCAUAUCGUGGCGGUCAUCAAAUAUGUCAUCGAUGGACUGAAGGCAUCUGCUGCAAAUCACAAUGUGACCACUGCCCAGCUUAACAUGACAAUGAUCAGCGAUGUGGUGGAUGUUACGGGUCCACAGGCGAUGACUGUUGCCAUAUUGAAAAACCUGCAAAAAGAAAUGGGCGUUCCUUUUGGCCAAGCAAAUAUAACUAGUAUCAAAGAACCCACCCUAUUUCAGGAUGUUCUCGUGCUGCCUAAUGCCGCCUUUGCCUCUACUCAGGCUGGCUUCCCAGAGGACCGAGGGCCUUAUCUUGUUGAACAUCGUUACGCUGGCUCUUGGAAGAAUGAAAAUGGCGGGGAGACACAAUCAUGA